CUUCAGUUGUCUGGAAUCCGGGUUCAUCUGACACCAGCCACCUCCACCAUGCCGCUUAAAUUCGACCCCAACGAGAUCAAAGUCCUGUACCUGAGGUGCACCAGUGGCGAAGUCGGUGCCACAUCAGCCCUGGCUUCCAGGAUCAGCCCUCUGGGUUUGUUUCCAAAAAAGGUUGGUGAUGACUUCACCAAGGCAACUGGUGACUGGAAGGGUCUGAGGAUUACAGUGAAACUGACUAUCCAGAACAGUCAGGCCCAUAUCCAAGAGGUACCUUCUACCUCUGCCCUCAUCAUCAAAGCCCUUAAGGAACCACCAAGAGACAGAAAGAAACAGAAAACCAUUAAACACAAUGGAAAUAUCACUUUUGAUGAGAUUGUCAACUUUGCCAGACAGAUAUGGCACGGAUCUUUAGCCAGAGAACUCUCUGGAACCAUUAAAAAGAUCCUGGGGAUGGCCCAGUCCGUGGGAUGCCACGUCAGUGGCCACCACCCUCAUGACAUCAUAGAUGACAUUAAUAGUGGUACCCUGGAAGGCCCAUUUAGUUAA